UUUGAUUGAACGUUGUAGUAAUAAAGUUGUUAACGCAAUAACAUCGCAAUGCGAUUAAAAUCUCGGGAGAUUUCCGACAGAUUUAUUUCAACAAUGGCACUUAAGUACUAGAACAUUGUAUUGGGCAAAUUUGUGGGAAAAACACGAGCUUAUUUAUUCUUUGCCCAGACGGCGUUUGUUGCUAUGCAGCAAGACUGGAAAACUACAACUGCAACGACAGUCAACAAAGGCCUAAACGAAACUAUAUUUCUUAAUGUCAACAGGAAAACGGUCGUGACUUGUACAAUGGUGUUCGGAAACAAAUGGUGUUUGCUUAUUUAUGUUCAUGUCGCUGCUGACAAACGACAAUAAAGUUGUUUGUCAACCCACUUAAACGUUUUCUGUAUUCCAACUAUUCCGUUUAAUUUCGCUGCGUUUUUGAAAGAAAAACUUACGGCGGCAAAAUAAUGCAGGGCGCUGAUAUCAAACCCGAAACGACGAAACAGACGAAAUACUUGGCAAAAUUAUCUGGCGUGCAAACGGAAAAGACGAGCAACGAUAGAGCCUUGAGCAAAGAAUCAAAGUCAACUUCAUCAUCAUUGGCAACUGAAGAUAUUGAACAUAGGGUAGACAGUGGAAAUUCAGAAGAUAGCAUCCAUGUUGUUGUCAGAGUGAGACCUUUGAGCGACGCUGAAACGCAAAGAAAAGAUAAGGAUGUUCUUAAGAUUCCAGAGGAAGGCACCGCAGUUUGGAUUGAUAACAACAUUGGUCAAAGUAAACCGUUUACAUUUAAUCAAGUGUUUUCUCCAAACGUGUGUCAGGAAAAGAUUUUUGAAGAAUGUGGAAUCAAGCAUUUGAUAGACAUGGCGUUAGAAGGAUACUCUUGUACAGUUCUCGCAUUUGGCCAAACAGGCUCAGGAAAAACAUACACUUUGACUGGACCUGUCAACCUGGGUAGUCACUUUGACGAGAAUGCUAACUUCGUCGACAUAACAGCAGAUUCUUACGGUCUUAUGCAAAGAUCGUUUCGAUAUUUAAUCAAUCAAAUGAAAAGUAAAAGAUCAAACUUCACCAUGCGAGCUUCAUAUCUUGAAGUGUAUAACGAAAAGGUGCAGGAUUUGCUGGAACUAUCGUCGUCACGCGAUUCGCUCGUUGUCCGCUGGUCAACAGAUCGUGGUUUCUAUGUUGAGGAUUUAUUCACAGUCACUUGUGAGACUGAAGAUGACUUAAUGGCUGUGCUGGAGGAGGGUUUGAGAAACCGUCAAGUUCGCGCACAUUGUAUCAACGAUCAUUCCAGUAGAAGUCAUUGUAUGUUGACGUUAAAUCUUGACAGCGAAAGUUGCGAACCUGACGAUGAUGCUGAUUUUGUUGUCAUGAAGUACGGGAAACUAAGCUUUGUUGAUUUAGCUGGCAAUGAAAGAGUUAAAGAAACCAAAUCCACAGGGGACCUAUUAACCGAAUCGCAAAACAUAAACAAAAGUCUGCUGACGUUAGGUAAUUGUAUUUCUGCAUUGAGUGACGCAAAGAAACGUAAUGGUCACAUUCCUUACAGAGAUAGCAAACUCACAAAGUUACUGGCAAAAAGUAUUGGUGGCGAAGGAAUGACCUUGAUGAUUGCUUGCAUAUCACCGUCGUCGUCCGUUGCCUCGGACACACUGAACACGUUAAGAUACGCUCAAAGAGCAAAGAAAAUUAGGAAUAAACCUGUCGUUCAAAUGGACGCCAAAGAGAAACUAAUUCUCAGUUUGAAACGCGAAAUCAAAACAUUGAAAAAAGAAAAUUCCUACUUUAAAAAUCAGUUAGGGUUGCCUUCUUCCCGUCCAACAUCAACUACUGUAGACGAAGCAUGGACAGAUGAUGGAGGAGAAAGUUUAAGGGAAACACCUAUUUCUACAGACACAGAAGAUAGAACACCAACCCCUUUUGCAGCUGGAUCAGCAGAGAGAUCAACAAGUCUCCCCCCUGGUUUGUACGACAUGUUACAAGAAUAUAUGGUUGAAAACGAAAACCUCAGGACAGAGAACGGGGAUCUUUAUACGAGCAGAGACACGAUGAGACGGCAAAAUCUGGUGAUUUCUAGAGAAAACGAGUUGCUGAUCAAGAAAUUAGAGCAAUUAGAGAGUCGAAGCUCCAGUGCAGUAUCAACUUCGUCCCGUAUACCAAGUGCUGUUGGUCGAUUGAGGUCAUUGACCGAUGAUCCUAAGUUAUUCACAUCGCUUGGUAGCAGCAGUUCAGGAGAAAAUGACAGAAUAAACGGCGAGGCAAAAGACGUAAGCCAAAGUGCGUCUCCGAGCAGUGUGGUCAGUUUACCACCUGUUAGAAAUACGAGGUCAAAUACCACUGGCAACAACAACUCUGACAAAGUGAAGAAGUGUUCAGGCUCAACACGUCAAACACAACAAACACUUUUGAACAUUCAGAAAGAUGUGGAGUGGUUGGCAAAACAGAGUAGACAGAAAGGGGACAAAACAGUAAGUGAAAAUUAUGAAGGAAUGUCAGAAGAAUCAAACGUUGUAACCAUUCCCCAAAGAAGAGUGUCAAAGAUUCCUCAGAGAGAGAAAGAACCGUCAACAUAUUCUAAGCUAUUUGCAAAACAAAAAGCACAACAGCCAUCGCCGAGAAAUGAUGAAACUAAUGAAGAACCGAGGGGCACAUUGGAACGCACGGAACCACUAGGAUCUCACAUGGAUGCAGACAGUUCAACAGUGGCACCUAAGAUACAAGCUGGUACAUCUAGGAUUCCCCUUCCUAUCAGCCAUAGAAACGGUAACACUAGUGACCCAAAUGACAAGCUUCGCCAAGAUCUAGAGUACCUUGCUAAUCAAAUAGAUUACUACAGGCAUUCGUAUGCAGAGCCACCUUAUCAUGGCAGAACUGCUUUGAACAAACCGCGGUAGCUACGGGGGAAUGAGGAGAGGCCGGAUGUCGGUAUGUUGAAGCACAAUCCACUAGGACUGGAAACAUCCAUUAAUUUCACCAUACAGUCAAAAAUGUUUGGUUUGUUUGACAUCUAUUCAUGUCAUAUGUACGAUAUACGAUAACUGCUUGUUCCAGAUGUGUAUAGAGGGCCAUCAACCUAAGUUAUAUAGAAAAAUAAUGUCAAAACAAAAUUUUUUGAAUUUCAGAUUGGUCAAUAAUCAUCUAUGUCAAAUAUAGAUUAUUUUUUAGUAGUUAGUGAAAUAAUUUUGUCACUGUUUGAGAUAUUUAUCAGACAAAUUUCUUUUUCAUACAUAAUUCUGAAAAGUAUUUUUUUCGCGUUUGUAAAUAAUGGUUUCUGUAUUUCCAAAAUUCGCGUAUUUUUAAACAUUCA